AUGUCUUAUGAUCCACUACGACAGGGCAGUGAUUCACAACUCAAGAUGAAUCCAUUUGCUAUGAACUUUAAAUUUUUGUCCCUGGCUGGUGAAAACACAAAUGAAAUUGGACAAAGCAAACAGUUGACUACGGAGUUAACGUUUGCAUCCAAAUUUAAAUUUGCAGCAACACCCAAAUGUCUCCAAGAAACUAAUACGAUAUUGGGCGAGAAUCUGUCAACUGCAGAUGGCAACCACACUGAACCUCUCACACAGGAGCAGCUCUUAACAGCCACCUCGAAUUCUGCAGCACCUAGUGAAAGGCCACUUGCCAAAAGUUCACAAGGGACCGGAAUGGAACGAGUGGAGUUAGUUAAGAAAACAUUUGCAUCAAAAUUCAAAUUUGCCGAAGAACAAAACGCUACUUAUAUGCCAAAGGACAUUACUCAGACAGGAAUCGAAGGACUUCAUUCCAAAUCUGCCAUCCAAAAACAGGCUUUUACAGAAAUCUUGAAAUCUGGGUGUAAUUUUGAAUCCAAAUUAAAUUUUAUGGAGGGAAAAUCCACUGAUAGCAAAAAGAAACUUUCGACUUCACACGAACACGUUUCCCUUUUGGAGAGAUGUCGAUUUCACGAAAGGGGAAAGGAAAAAGUGAGGAAAGUCAUUGCAGCACUGGCAAAGAAAAGCUCAGAGCCGUACGGCCCGAAGCUUUUAUUGGAAGCGAACAAAGUGAUUAAGGUCAUCGAAGCCAUGCCCUGUAAUGGAAAAACACUGCUUCAAUAUUUUUUGUACACUAUUCGAUUCUUAAAAGAUAUGAGUAAGAAAGAAUACCCCGAGGCCAAAAAAACAGUCGAUGUGCUGCAGAGGUAUAAAAUUGUCAACUAUCAGCAUUAUGCAAGGAUGCCAAAAGAUGACAAAAAACCCUCUUUGAAAAGGACUGCACUAGUUAACUCCCACAAAGACCUAUUUGAAAGAAAUCUUUUACAGCUUAAGGAUGCUAUGGCCAAGAUGAAGAAGCCAAUAACUAUUGGGCGCAGUUCGGCCUUGUCUCGUGACUGGAUGCGAAUCACUGGAUUUCUCACAUUGUGGCUUGAAGAGGAAAUCGGCUUCGGUUGCUGCCACAAGAUGUUUAGCCGUGACGCACUUUUCAAAGCCACACCAACACCAGGCAAUCAUUUGUACGAGAUAAGCUUCAAAGGCCCAAAGGGGAUUCUGAAGAAAGCGAUGACUGCCAGAUUGCAUCAGUGCCUCAUACAUUACAGCUGCAUAAGGAGCUGGAGGUUACCACGAAACAGUCAUUUUCUGAUCGGUAUUAAUGGACAGCCUUUUCUAGCAAAAAACCAGGAGCGAUAUGUACCCCAAGUGACUCCCCUGUGCUUUUUUAUGUCAUUGCCAGUGGCCAUGAGUUCUACUGAAAUAUACUUAUGCUACCACCACGAGAAAGAGCUGGAGGCGAAUGGCUAUCUCUUGAUCAAUCCUCCACAACAGUGGAAACAGUUGCUGGGCCAAGAGAAGCUAGAUGGCUUUCUGAAUUUCUCCUUUAAGCCGGAAAAAAUUGAAUAUAAACCUAAUGACGAUGAAAGUGGUUGUGCAUUCGAUGUGAGCAGCACGCAGAAUGUUGUAACAGUCUCUGCGUUCAGCCAAAGGGAGUACCCGUGUACGGAAUACAAAUCGUUCUUCAGCCACCUUGGUCAAUACUCAGCUGAAUUUGGAGUUGCCAUCAAAGGAGAAAAUCUCUUUCCAGACAACCUCGAGGUGUGGAAUCUGAGUCGGUUGGGUGACCCUAUGUCAUCCGUGCAGAGAGAAAACAAAGAACUGCCAGGAAUUACAUCACCUCUCGUCCACAUUGGUGCGCUUGGGCCCUGCUCCGCCCUUCAGACUGAAAGUGCAAACCUGUACACCAUCACCUUCGUGCAUCAAGGCUUGCCUACUGAAUGGACUGUGUUUCCAAGUUCAGAAAAACACAAGAUUGAUGAACUGUACCCCCAAAUCGCUCCAGGCCAUCGGUGUGCCUUCAAUGAAUUGGAAAGGCACCAAGUAGGAUUUAUCAAUCCGUUUGGACCACAAGUGUCUGGUCUGCGAAUGUCUACGUUCACCCAGACAGCAGGACAAUUUGUUAUCAUCAGCCCUGGAGCAUAUCAUCAGAGAUUCAGCAGAGGUUUCAACAUUGUUUCGUCAAUAUCGUUCGGGGCAAAGGACUGGAUGAUUCAGGUUCCGGACUGUACACUCUGCCCCGGUCACAGAUCAGAGGAAAACAGCGAAAAUGAGCAGCCCGUUUCGCUGGGAUCGGGAUCAGGCACACCGGGGUCCAGUUUAGAGGACGACAGCAAUAAUAAGCAGCACGUGUCACAGGGAUCGGGUUCAGCAACUUCGGGGCCAGGAACGUCGGGGGCGGAACCGACUUCCCCCGAGGACAAAGGGAGCCGUAAAAAGCAAAAUAAAUCGGAUUUAGACUUAAAGUCACAAAGUGAAAGUGAAGACUGUUAUGAGUUUAAAUCAUUUGAUGAUCCAAAACCAAGGCCGGGCCGAGGCCGCCCGAGGGAUCCCAAGAAGCUCGAAAACUCUGCGACAAGGCCAACAAAAAUGUGCCCCAAGUGCAGAACCAUCUGUGACAAAAAUUUCGACCGCCACUUGAACCUCCACUUUGACGCUGAAACAAGCUUGGGGAGGCGGGAAAAGGAGAAAGUUAAAGAAGAGGCCACGAGAAGGACAGUGCAGGGAAUCAGAGAUAGUCAAAUGGAUUUGCUCCCCAAAACAUUUUCUGAACAAUUAAAAAGCAAUCCAUUGAUUCGGUAUCAAUUUACGGAGUUCCUGGAUAAUAUCGGUGUGGCCUAUCCAAAGGAGGAUCAAGAAAGGCCCCAAAAAAGGAAAAUGGAAGAGGUGGUGGAGGAGAUAGACGAGACAGAGGGAAGCGAUGCUCAACGUCCCGAAAAGAGCGCAAGAAAACGGCUGCAAGAAAUGGGUUAUCCAAGCCUGGAUGAAAACAAGAGCAUCGUCCGAGCGCUGGUGAAUUACUCGACAGGCGGCCAUCGGCGGAGCCUGCAGGUUAAAAAUGCUCUUUGCCAGAUCAGGAGGAUUCUGGGUUACGUGGAGUACAUGGUGGGGACACAGGAUAGCCACGGCUGGACUCUCCUUCUCCACACAGACAGAAUGAAGGAGUAUGUGCAGAUGGUUAGCGAAAUAGGAGGCGCAACAGCAUCCACAACUAAAAAUUAUGUGGACAAAGCGUUGACAAUAAUGAAAAUGGUACCGGACGUAUUCUAUGAAGCGGACGGGAUGCCAAGUGAUACAAAUGAGCACAAAAAAUACAUGGAUGCCCUCAAAAAAGCAACAAGCAUUAUGGCAGAUUUUGGCCUUCGCAAGACAGAGGAAAAAGAUCGGGAGCUGGCAAGCCGAAAAUGUGCUUUGGGUGAAAAUUUGCCGGAUGUUGCCGCAUGGGAAGAGUACAUUCUGGACAGUGACAAUGUGAGCCAGUUCGGUGAGCAGUUAAAGGCUCUCGAGUCAGCAAGUGACGAAGAGAUCCAGCAACUUGGAAAAAAGCCCGACGAGAGUCAUCUUCGCGAGGCUUUUAACCAGGUAGUGGAGUUCAUGGCUACGAGACAGCUUUUCCUCGCCGCGAGGCCCGGCGAAAUUUCUAAGUGCACAUUCGCCGAAAUAAACUCGCCAAGCUUGUUCAGGGACACCUUACACAUUUCAGUGGCAUCUCACAAAACAGGAAGAAUAAAACAGGCCACAAUAGCGAUUGAAAAGGAACAUCAAAUGGAUUUCUUACGAUACGUCGCUGUGCUCAAGCGCUUUAAGCCACCUCCAGCAUACGGCUUUCCUUUUCUUUCCCCAACAAAGGGAUUCGUCGAACAUACAAAAAUUUACCGAAGACUCAAUGUUUGGCUGGAAAAAAAUGGCCGCGAGAGGUUUACGUGCACAAAACUGCGUAAAACCGUUGAAACUACAGUGGAUCUUUAUGGAUCUACGCAUGAUAAAGAGCUGGUGGCUACCGGUUUGAAUCACUCGCCACACACUGUCAAAAAGUAUUACAGAGUGCAGACAAGUGAGAAGGCUGCAGCUGAAAAAGCGGCCAUCAAAAAAGCAACUGCAGAGGCCAAGCUCAGAGCACUGUUGGUCAAACUUCCACCGGCGUUCCCGGUCAACAUCUUUGAAGGCCCUUGGAACAGGGAGAAACUCACCGAAUGGGCACGGCGAGAGACGAAGACCGACGACUUGGUGAUGAACGACGGGCUGUUCAGCAACUACAUGACUAGCUGGAGGGAGGCUGCUAAGCCGUUGAUGGUCGCGGAGUGUCGGAGGACACUCUCGAGUGGAACAUCAACCCUGGAAGAAAUCAAGCAGGUGUUACAGACGCCAGUGUUUGAGACGGUACAAUUUGAUAUCCUGGCAGAGUUACAGGAGCUGCGAGUUCGUCUCCCUCGAAUUAAAAUCCAUAAUCAAUCCCAGGGAGAAUAA